AUGAAAAAGUACUACCUGGUAAGGCAGAAAUUGGAGGUGCUUUUGGAUGCUGCCGACAGUGACGGGGAGAAAGAAGAUACCAAGGAAUCAGAGGCAGCAAAGAAACGCAGGCUUCAGAGGCAGGCUGAAGAACGUGAGGCAAAAUUCGACGAAGAAACGCUGGAAAUGGAAGGGCAGUACUGCGCAUUGAAAGCAGCACUCUUGGCUCUACGUCCGAAGAAGAAUGAGUCGCUGAGUUCUUCUGGAUCAGGGGAAGGAACUGAAACCAUGUCACGCGUUAAGCUGCCUGACAUCAAGCUGCCAGGUUUCGACAGGAAGCUUCGUGAUUGGAUUCCGUUUCGAGACAUGUUCUUCAGCUUGAUUCACAACAACGAACGUCUCUCUGAUAUCGAUAAAUUUACGUAUCUACGAUCAGCAAUAAGUGGCGAAGCGCUUCAGGAGAUAAGUUCUAUCGAGUUGUCUUCUGAUAAUUACCAGGUAGCUUGCAACAUGCUUGAGAAAAGGUACGAAAACAAGAAGUUAAUUGUGAAGGCGUAUUUGGACGCACUCUUUGGUAUCGAGCCUCUGAAGAAGGAAAGCGGUGAAGCUCUGAACCGCCUUGUCAGUGAUUUUGAUCGCAACAUACAGAUGCUGGGCAAGAUGGGCGAGGACACAGAGAAGUGGUCGACAAUGCUGGCAUACAUGGUUUGCGCUCGCCUAGAUUCGGUUACCCUUCGUCAGUGGGAGAGUCAUCACAACUCUAAGGAUGUUCCGACGUACCAGAAGGUGAUGGACUUUCUGAGGGAUCAGGCAUUGGUUCUGCAAUCGAUAGCACCGACUAGGUCAGAAGACAUCGAAAGUCGUCGCUAUCGUACAACCGUUCACACCACAUCGAGAAUUCAGAACAACUGUGUGUUCUGUGGUAAUUCGUUCCAUCCAGCAUCUACGUGCAGCAAGUUCAGAGCGAUGUCAGUACCCCAGCGCUUUGAAGUGGUCAAGAUGAAGCGGCUCUGCAUCAAUUGUUUGGGUUCUGGUCACUUUGCGGAUCGUUGUAGCAAAGGACCAUGUCGUGAGUGCAACAGAAAGCACCAUUCGAUGCUGCACAAAAGUUUUAACAGUUUUUCGAGUCAGAGCUCCGUUUCACAAAACCAGUCGACAGUCAACAGUCAAUCGUUUCAUAAUGAAAAUCUUCCAGGACCUUCUGGGCAAGGUCAUGAACACAAUUCGAUUAGACAGAAUCAACAAAGUCAACCCUCGCACACAAAUCUUCAAGCACAAGAGAAUUCCACUAAUUCCUACCCCAUAAUACAAACACGUAUUCGCCACACUCAACCACAACACACCACAGACAAUUCUUUUACGUUUAAUGCGGCACCAAGGCCGGAUUGCGCUAAAUAUCGUUCACCUAGAGUUUUAAUGUCAACCGCUGUAGUGCGGGUUGAAGAUCGGUUUGGGUGUAAGAUUCCUCAUGAUUUGGUAUUGGCGGACCCUGAGUUUUGGAGCCCGGGUCCGAUAGAUAUGAUUAUUGGGGCAGAGUACUUCUGCGAUUUGUUGCGAUCAGGCAAAUGUAAGGUUUCGAACGAUGGUCCAACUCUGCAAGAAACCGAGUUUGGAUGGGUUGUUUCCGGGAGAGUUCCGGAUAGUUCCGUUGAAUCUGUUGCAUAG